AUGACAGAUUCUUCUGGUGGUGUUCCUUUCCAUAUACGAAAUAUGCGAGAAGGGAAUCGAUACAUCAAAUCAGGCACAACCUUGUUCCCAUGUCCUUCAUCCACGGAUAUCUCGAACCUACGGCCAGAUCAAGAGGUCAUCACCGUUCUUAGCAAACAGACGGGCGGCAUAGUAGUUGAGCAUGACUCCACCUAUGUCACCAAAUCCGGGGAACGAGUGCGACCUGCUGAGGCUGAAGCUAUGAGACUUGUAUCUAAGCACACCUCCGUUCCUGUGCCUGAAGUAUUUUUCGCAAUUUUCGAUCCUGACUGGGGGAGGAUCGUGAUGUCUCUUAUUCCAGGGUCUUCUCUAGAAAAGAUAUGGGAUACGCUGGAUGGAAAGACCAAAGAGUAUAUUUGUCUUCAAGUCUGGGAUAUGAUUUCCAAGAUACGAGCCAUCCCACGUCCACCAGAGCUUAAUGGUCUUUUUCAAUGUGCUGCCGAUGGCUCUCUAACAAGAGACCCAUUGCUUGAGGAUCUAAAAGAUCCGGCCCGACCCUUGACGAAUGAUUCAGAUUUGCGAGCUCGCAUCUUCGAGCGCUAUUACCAUUUCGCAGGUCGUCGAUAUGAACAUGAAUUGCCUAACAUGCUGCCGCGGUCUAGCUGUUCAGUGUUUACGCAUGCUGAUAUUGCACCUCGCAAUAUUAUGGUUGACGAGCAGAACAGGGUCACAGGCAUUCUCGACUGGGAACAUGCGGGAUGGUAUCCGGAUUAUUGGGACGUGUUGCCCCGAGCUGCCACGAGACGUGCGCAGCUCACAGCCAUCACGUCUUCCACAAAGCGACGCAAGGUUGCAGAGCCUCGCCGACCAGGAGCCCAUCCAGCUGCGUCCUUUGCCUCGCGCGCCAGGCACGCAGACUCCGCCGGAAGACGUCACGGCCACCAACCUCACAGUCCUAGUGCCGACUCUUCAUCCUUGCCACUGCCACCACCUCUGUCGUCUACGUCGGAAUCGAAUCUGAGUCCGAAUUCCUCUGCGUCACCGUCUCCGCGAUAUAUACCCGCUCAUCUGCAGGACGAAGUGCUGGGCACCCGAUCCAAGACUGGUCCCCGUUCACCGACACCGGAACCCUACAACGCUGAUUCUCCAUCUGCAGCGUGCGCCGGACUCAGCCUGAAUAGUGACCCUGUGACGGAGAUGUCUGGUUCAGAAGGAUCCCAGGGCGAGGGUUCGCAGCAGGGCAGACGUGAGAUGCGAUCGUCGUCGCCGGCCGUCAAGCGCCCGGCGUCCCAGAUAGGCGACGAAGAGCGGCGGUCACAGGACGUCGAGAUGGACGUGGACCCGUCGGAAUCUCAAUCGAAUGAACGACCAGGCCACCGACGAGCGACUUCAGUUGACAUGAUCGAUCAGGAAACUACGGAGGGAUCUGGAAACGAUGGCCGGAAGGACAACCUCUAUCCGACUCCUUCCAGUAUGUCCACCUACACGGCCAGUGCGACGUCCAAGGAGAGCAGCGCGAAAUCCCAGGAGGCUGCCGAAGUGCCUUCCAUCGAUGAACAGGUUGCAGAGGUGACAAGACUGGUAGCAGCGCCGCUGAAGGAGAAACAGAAGGGUUAUGUGAUAUCCGCCAAGUGGUUGAACAAGGUCAUGUCGAGGGCCUCCUCGAAUGAGCAGAUCGGUGAUAAAGCUGCUACGGAGGGCGAGAUUGGGCCCGUCGAUAACUCUGACCUGGUUCUUAUCACCGAUCCCGCCGCGACGUUCAAGGAUGAAGCAGGAGAGCCUUUCGUACCUCUGCGGCCGGGACUGCAGCUAGGUGAAGAUUAUGAGAUUGUGCCGCAGGAGGCGUGGGACCGCAUCAUGAAGUGGUACGGGCUAUCGGAACGAUCGCCAGCGAUUGUUCGAUACGCCCACAACACCAACUCCGCCGGUGGAGAGGAGAAUAUCCAGUACGAGAUCAACCCUCCAAUCUUUACGAUCCUGAAGUUGGCCAACCCGGCCAGUGGCACAACUCCCCAGACUUUGAAGGAGAAGAACAUGGCACCCAUCAAGACACUGGCCAGCAGACACACCAACUUCCAGAAGUGGCUGAAGCAGGUGAAGGGUCUAGCCAACAUUGACAUCACGACCAAGGUUCGAGUCUGGAGGAUUCUGGGUGGUCUGGGCGGAUCCAACACCUCCGGUAUGGUCACCCCAGCGGCUUCUCGGAGCGCAUCUCCUGCACCAGGGGCAGUGUUGGCCGCCAGUGCUGGCAAUAACUUCUCGUUGGACGUGAACACCUUUGUUUCCCUCACUGAAGGGUCCCAACGCGAGCUCCUGGAGGAUGCUCGUGAUCAGACAGCCAACGAGAAAUAUAACGGCAAGAUGACAAUAGAGCUUGCCGGUCUUGCAGGAAACGAAGUGGUUGUGUUGGAAGAACAAAUCGGAGGACCGGCAGGCGGCGAAUGGGUUUCGGAUGUCUCCAAGCAGACUUUGAACCGCCUAGGCCUCACCGCAAACAACAACAAGAAUGCCAAUCAAAAGGUCAAGGCCAAGAGCACGCCGACGAGUGGGCGUUCGUCACCUGCGCCGGAGCCCACGAGAGGAAGGCGGAAAGAUGGAAAGCCAAGAGGUGCUACUGGUCUGAGCAAUUUGGGAAACACAUGCUACAUGAACUCCGCAUUGCAGUGCGUGCGGAGUGUUGAGGAGUUGACCUACUAUUUCCUAAAUGAUUUUUACAAGCGUGAUCUUAAUCCUAGUAAUCCGUUGGCUCACAAUGGUGACAUUGCAAAGGCCUAUGCGCAUCUGCUGCAUAUGAUCUAUGACGAAGCCGGUCCUUCGUCUUUUGCUCCCAGACAGCUGAAGCACACCGUUGGCCGAUAUGGCCCUGCCUUUUCCGGUUAUGGUCAACAGGAUUCCCAAGAGUUUCUGCUUUUCCUUCUAGAUGGUUUGCAAGAAGAUCUGAACAGGAUUCAAAAGAAACCAUACAUUGAGAAGCCGGAUUCGACCGAUGAAAUGGUUCAUGACUUCUCUGCACUGAAGGGGUUUGCAGAUAAGUGUUGGGAUAUCUACAAAGCUCGCAAUGACUCUGUCAUCACCGAUCUCUUCGCUGGCAUGUACAAGUCCACCCUUCACUGUCCGGAGUGUGACAAGGUCAGCAUCAUUUUCGAUCCGUUCAACAACCUGACACUGCAGCUCCCGAUCGAGAACCUUUGGAGCAAGGAAAUAUUCUAUUUCCCUCUUCACAAGCGCCCCGUUCUCGUCGAUGUUGAGAUCGACAAGAAUUCCAGCAUCAAGGCACUGAAGGAGAUGGUGGCUAAGAAGAUGGGUUCUGAUCCCCAGAAGCUGAUCAUGGCCGAAGUCUACAAGUCCAAGUUCUACAAGAUGUUCGAUAACAAUAGCAGCAUUGCAGACUACCAGAUCGGCGCCGGUGAUGACAUUGGAAUUUUCGAAGUCGAGGCUGUCCCUACCAACUACAAUCCGGACAAGCCAAAGAAGGCUUUCUCCUCGAUGUCGUUCCACAUGGAUCACGAGCAGGUUCCCAGCUUCGACUCCCCCAAGGCUGACAGGAUGCUGGUUCCGAUCUUCAACCGUGUCGUGCGGCCGAACACUCGGUCCAACUCACGGCAACUCUUUGGUGCUCCUUCGUACACGAUCAUCACCCGCGAGGAGGCCUAUGAUUAUGAUGCUAUCUUCCGCAAGGUUUUGGCCGAAGUAGACACCCUGACUACCCGUGACCUUCUGAACGAGGAUCUUGGCGGGGAACUCGAUGGCACACAGGAGGAUUCUGACACCGUCGUUAUGAACGAUGAUGACGCUCAAUCUGCCGACUCCAAGAUCAAGACCGCGUCUGUGGAAGGCGAGGAUGGUCUCGUCGACGUCUCCAUGCGUGAUGCGGAUCGGGCUCCUGAGGCUUCUAGCAACUCAAGUCCAGUUCCUUACCUCCUACGCCCAGGAACUGCGAUUCCUGCUGGUCACCGGAACCUCUUCCAGAUGAAGAUUGUCCGAUCCAAUGAGGUGGUCCCUCUCGGCUUCUCCUCUGUGGACGAGAACAAGGACUUCCCACUAAUGUCUUCUCGCAUCAAGAAAGUCAACGAAAAGCGAACGGAGGGUAAAGGUCAGGCGAAGCAUUUCCCAGACGGUACCAACAGCCCUGUUAGCAGUGACGAUGAGCUCGCCGACGCCUCUGAAGGUGUCCCAGUGGACGCCAGCUCUCAGAAGGCUGCUGAGGAGUCUGAUGACUCUGACAGCCGCGAGACGCGGUCCAACAAUGAUUCUGAGAGUGGAUCUGACGACUACACCCGGGUACCUAGCCGUAAGGGACGACCAAACAUCGUGGAAUCGAAGAAGGGCAAAUCACUUCCGUUGAUCCGCCCUGGCGAAGGAAUCGUGCUUGACUGGAAUGAGCAGGCUCACGAUGCCUUGUUUGGUGCGUCUCCGAAAGAUCGUGACCCGUUGCGCGGUGCCCCGACAUGGACCAAUGUCGAACACGUUCCGGACCCCGAACUCUACAAGAAGCGUCAACUACGACAGUCGCGCAAGAAGAAGGGUAUCACACUCAACGAGUGUCUGGACGAGUUCGGAAAAGAGGAAAUCCUGUCGGAGAACGACGCGUGGUACUGUCCCCGUUGCAAGGAACAUCGCCGUGCCAGCAAGAAGUUCGAGCUCUGGAAGACGCCUGACAUUCUCGUCAUGCACCUCAAGAGGUUCAGCGCCAACCGUGGCUUCAGAGACAAGAUUGAUGUGGUCGUCGACUUCCCAAUCGAGGGACUGGACCUCACCGGUCGUGUAGCCGCUCCUGAAGAAGGAAAGAGUAUGAUCUACGAUCUCUUUGCUGUCGACAAUCACUACGGUGGCCUCGGAGGAGGUCACUACACCGCGUUUGCGAAGAAUUUCAUGACUAAUGAAUGGAACGAAUAUAAUGAUUCCCAUGUCUCCAAGCCGAUUGAUCCCCAGAAGGUCAUAACUUCUGCCGCCUAUCUGCUCUUCUACCGCCGUCGAUCCGACCGCCCUUUGGGUGGCAAGGUCCUCGAGGAAAUUGUCGAGUCCGCGACUCGCGGCGGAGCCACCGACUCUGACUCGCAGACGGACUCGCGGGCUCCCUCGCCGUCGGGGGAAGACCGGCGGCUCGGCGGCUCCUCCCGCAAUGGGUCGUCGAGCGCUUUAGCAGGAGUCGGAGCAGCUCACCAAGCGGGAGAUGGUGGUUCGCAAGCCGUAACCCAAGUGAGGAGCGUGGAGGCUGAUGACGACGACGACAUGCCUCCGGGAUACUUCAACGGUCUUCCAUCCGGGGAACAGAGCCUCGAACAUGCAGACCGAUUGGAAGGUAUGGACCUUGAAGAUGAAUACUUCGGCGGCGAAAUGCGCCCAAAUCCCCUCAAUUUCCCGACUGAACCUUUAUGGUCCUUCGAUCGAGCGUCAGAUGCUCAUGGCCCUUCGCAGAUGACCGCGGCGCCUCCGGGAUCCUACUUUGACGGUGAAGACGAAGACCUAUUCGACGACGAUGCGAGCAAUAAGGCAGUUGGAGGAGGCGACCUCAGCGAUUCAGAUAUUCGGCUUGCUGCAUUGGGCGAUAGUUCCGAGGGCCCGGGGGCCUCUUACACAGACACGACUUUCGAGGAUUCCUCCAUUCAGAAUAUCCCACCGCCCUUGGACGCAGACGAUGAUGACGAUCUACCGGUCAUCGAGCUGCGUGUCGACGAAGAGGACAAGAUAGUCCCCGACAAGGAAUAA